AUGCGAAACUUUGACAGUGUGCCUGGGACGGGGCAUUUUAUUGCUGCUGCAAUGAAAGUUAACGGCCUGUUCUCUGGUUAUGGAUGUGAGAAUUGCAAUUACUUUUUAGAUGAUAUGGAGAAGCUUUAUUCUGUGGGUCUUGCUCCAUGGGUACCAGUUGUGGGUCUGGAAAUACAUGCACAGAUCAGUUCCAACUCAAAACUUUUCUCUGGUUCCCAAGUCCAGUUUGCAGCACCUCCUAACUCUUUGGUAUCUUUCUUUGAUGCUUCUUUACCAGGAACUUUGCCAGUUCUCAACAGGAGAUGUGUAGAAGCAGCAGUGAUGACAGGCCUGGCACUCAACUGCAGCAUAAACAAGAAGUCCUUGUUUGACAGAAAACACUAUUUCUAUGCAGAUCUGCCUGCUGGCUAUCAAAUCACUCAGCAAAGAGUUCCUAUUGCGGUGAAUGGAAAUCUGUCAUACAGUCUCUGCGUAGACAACAAAAUGAGCCAGAUGGUGACCAAAACUGUGAGGAUUAAACAAAUUCAGUUGGAGCAGGACAGUGGAAAGAGUCUCCAUGAUGACACAAGGAGCCAGACUCUUGUUGACUUGAAUAGGGCUGGAGUCGGCCUCAUGGAGGUUGUCAUGGAGCCUGAUAUGUGCUGUGGAGAAGAAGCAGCUGCAGCAGUCAGAGAGCUUCAGCUCAUUCUUCAAACACUUGGGAGCAGCCAGGCAGUCAUGGCAG